AUGACAGCAGAUCUUCAGGCCACCAAAGCCUCGUUCUAUCCCGAGCAAACCACUAGAGUGGUUAUCCCUGCUACGGUGGAGCCUAUACGGACCAAAAAUCUUUACCUCCGCAGUCUGGAGCUGAAGGAUGCUACGGAAAUGUUUGAAUUUCGACGACGGCAGGAUGUGGCUGACUGGUUAUGGCCCAAGAUCCCCCAUAAACACGUCCGAGAAACAGAGGCCAUAGUUGCCGGCAAAGUUUUCCAAACCCCCGACGCAUCAGGUGCUCUUGGACGGCAGUUCUACUUCGCUAUCAUCAGUGCGGUCGACCCAGCACAGAAGGUGAUUGGCGUGAUCGGCAUUAAUGCCCUUGUCCCGGCCCCAUCCAUUGGAUAUGGCAUUCAUCCGGAAUUUUGGGGCAGAGGAUACGUCAGCGAGGCGGUAGGCGGGGUGGUAGAUGCAUGGUGGAAGCUCGAGAGGAAAAAAUUUGAGGAUUUAAGAGAAACAGAGACGUUGUUCGCUGCCUGCAAUAAGGCGAACAUUGGAAGUAUAAAGGUAUUGCAGAGGAACGGGUUCAAGAUCCUCAAGGAGACUCCCAUGGAAGGGGAUGUGGUGGCAUUAUUUGGGUUAGAAGAACCACAGGACUCUUAG